CCGUCAUUCGGGGGCGUACCGCUGUGCAGGAAGUGGAGCUGUCAGUCGGUGUCCUUGUUAGCUAAAGAGCAUGUUAGCGCUCGAACAGGGCAGUGCAUGUUUAUCAAUAUGAAAGAGGAUGUCAAUUGGACCUGAAACAUAUUUUACAAGGAUCUAAUUGUUUAUUCGUUGUUGGGAACAUCACCAUGUUGCGUGUCGGGGGCAAAAUGACCUGCAUGGCCUGCAGGAACCUUGUCUCCAACAACAUGGGGGUGAAGGUUCGCAUCCCCCUGCAGAAGCUGCACCCCCUCUCCCGUGCCAUCCACCACCGCUACUCCAACCAGCAGGUUCCCCCUCACCGCACGGCCGCCCGUCACAUCUCCACCAUGUCCCGGCUGCCCAUGAGACCCCCUAAACCCCCACCGGGGUCUGGGGGCCGCGGCCACCAGCAGCAGCGCAACUUCUGGAUGCUGCGGCUAGCCGCCAGGAUUCUGAGGCUCCGCUACAUCGUUCUGGGCUCGGCCGUUGGUGGAGGUUAUACAGCUAAAAAGACCUAUGAGGAGUGGAAGGACUUGUUGCCUGAUUUCAGUGAAUACAACUGGGUCAUUCCCGAUUACAUCUGGGAAUUGAGCGAACAGAUUGAUCUAGAAAAACUGGCCAAAGCGCUUCCAGAGAUGGAGGAAAUUGCCAAACUACUUCCUGACAUGAAUAAGAUAGGAGAGAACUUUGCCUUCCUCAAAAGCCUACUGUCCACUGGUAUAGUGACUGGAGCCUCUGGUCUGCAUCUGUUGUUAGAAACGGCCGGCGAGCCUGCGCUGAAGGCCGCCGACGCGUCCGCCCCCGCCUCCACGGAGGCCAGUGACAAGCAGUACAAGAAGCAGGGUCUGCUCGGGGAGCUCAUUCUCAUUCAGCAGCAGAUUCAGAGGCAUGAGGAGGAGGUCCGUCGUGCCGCCGCGGCAGCCAAUAGCGCGAGUCCCCCACCACCACCACCACCACCACCAACAGAGCCCGCCCCUCCUCCACCGAAGCCCAGCCCCCCUCCUCCUCCACACAGAUACAAGUCAUCAGACAAGGAGAAACUAGACCAGCUUCAAGAGGAGCUCCUUCGUACCCAGAUGAAGUACCAACGCAUGCUGGAAAGGCUGGAGAAGGAGAACAAGGAGCUGAGGAAGGUGGUGCUACAGAAGGACGACAAGGGGAUCCAUCAGAGGAAGAUCAAGAAAUCUCUGAUCGACCUGUAUUCUGAGGUCUUGGACAUCCUGUCAGACUAUGACUCAAACUACAACACCCAGGACCACCUACCCAGGGUGGUGGUGGUCGGAGACCAGAGUGCGGGGAAAACCAGCGUGCUGGAGAUGAUCGCUCAGGCCAGGAUCUUCCCCCGAGGCUCUGGUGAGAUGAUGACCCGGUCCCCAGUCAAGGUGACUCUGAGCGAGGGCCCCCACCACGUGGCCAUGUUCAAGGACAGCGGCCGGGAGUUCGACCUCGGCAAGGAGGAAGACCUGGCCGCGUUGAGGCACGAGAUUGAGCUGAGGAUGAGGAAGAGCGUGAAGGAAGGCCAGACCGUCAGUCCAGAGACAAUAUCCCUGAGCGUGAAAGGCCCGGGAAUACAGAGGAUGGUGUUGGUGGACCUGCCAGGAGUCAUCAGUACGGUGACCUCAGGCAUGGCUCCGGACACCAAGGAGACCAUCUUCAGCAUCAGCAAGGCCUACAUGCAGAACCCCAACGCCAUCAUCCUGUGUAUUCAAGAUGGCAGUGUGGACGCCGAGCGCAGCAUCGUCACAGACCUGGUCAGCCAGAUGGACCCCCAUGGCAAGAGGACCAUAUUUGUCCUGACCAAAGUGGACCUGGCUGAGAAGAACCUGGCGAGCCCCAGCAGGAUCCAACAGAUUGUUGAAGGCAAGCUGUUCCCCAUGAAGGCUCUGGGAUACUUUGCAGUUGUGACAGGGAAAGGGAGCACUAGCGAAAGCAUAGAUUCCAUCAAGGACUACGAAGAGGACUUUUUCCAGAAUUCACGACUACUUCGUGACGGUAUGCUGAAGGCCCACCAGGUGACCACUAAGAACCUGAGCCUGGCCGUGUCCGACUGCUUCUGGAAGAUGGUGAGGGAGUCUGUGGAGCAGCAGGCCGAUGCUUUUAAAGCGUCUCGUUUCAACCUGGAGACAGAGUGGAAGAACAACUAUCCCCGUCUGCGAGAGCUAGAUCGGAACGAGCUCUAUGAAAAAGCCAAGAACGAAAUACUGGAUGAAGUGAUCAGUCUGAGUCAAGUGACUCCAAAACAUUGGGAGGCCAUACUGCAGAAGAAGCUGUGGGAGCGCGUGUCCACCCAUGUGAUCGAGAACAUCUACCUGCCUGCAGCCCAGACCAUGAACUCGGGCACCUUCAACACCACGGUGGACAUCAAGCUCAAACAGUGGACCGACAAGCAGCUGCCCCACAAAGCACUGGAGGUGGCGUGGGAGACCCUGCAGGAGGAGUUUGCCCGCUUCAUGGCCGAGUACAAAGGCAAGGACCAGGACGACAUCUUCGACAAGCUGAAGGAGGCGGUGAAGGACGAGAGCAUCAAGAGGCACAAGUGGAACGAGAGGGCCAUGGACAGCCUGAGGGUGAUCCAACACAACGCCCUGGAGGACCGCUCCAUUACAGACAAGCCCCAGUGGGACGCAGCCAUCCAGUUCAUGGAUGAGACUCUGCAGUCCCGCCUCAAAGACACCGAGUCGGUGAUUCAGGACAUGGUGGGGCCUGACUGGAAGCAGAGGUGGAUGAACUGGUCCAGUCGGACGGCCGAUCAGCACAUCCGCAACGAGACCAAGAACGAGCUGGAGCGCCUGCUGAAGCUCAACGAGGAGCACACGGCCUACCUGGCCAACGACGAGGUCACCACGGUCCGCAAGAACCUGGAGGGCCGGGGGGUGCAGGUGGACCCCGUGCUGAUCAAGGACACGUGGCACCAGAUGUACCGCCGGCACUUCCUGCAGAAGGCGCUGAUCCACUGUAACCUGUGCAAGAAGGGCUUCUACUACUACCAGAGGCACUUUGUGGACGCCGAGUUGGAGUGCAACGACGUGGUGUUGUUCUGGCGGAUCCAGAGGAUGCUGAUGAUCACGGCCAACACGCUGAGACAGCAGCUCACCAACAAUGAGGUACGACGUCUGGAGAAAAACGUAAAGGAAGUCUUGGAGGACUUUGGAGAGGACUCCGAGAAGAAGAAGCACCUCAUCAUCGGGCGACGUGUCCAACUGGCCGAGGACCUCAAGAAAGUGCGUGAAAUCCAGGAGAAGCUUGAAGCCUUCAUCGAAGCGCUCCACAAGGAGAAAUAGGAGAGCCAGGGGCGCCGUAGACUGAAGUGCACUGCAACGUAACGCACUGAACUAAGGUGACUGAUUCAGCUGCUCCUGUAAAUGGUUGCCCCCUGCCCUCUCCUCCAUCCGAUCUGAACGCACAGCUCUCCCCAGCUCUCCCCAACCUGCCCCCCUGCACUCACAGAAGAAGAACCAGAAGAGAUACACCAGACUCAUUGCAUUUCUUUUCAAUUUUGUUCAUUAUGAUUCUUUAUUUUUUUGUUGAUGCUGCUGCUUGCCGGAUUAUCGUGUGAACAUCUUCAGCCCGUGUGACUCGGAUCAAACGGACGCAGGAGUUGGGAGAAUAGAAAGAAUGGAGAGUAACGUCUCCGCAAUGGAUCUUCACCCAGCCACCUACACAGUGCGUCAGUUAAAGGUGUAUGCCUGUGCAACAAGAGGACUCCCAACAUGGCCAACAGCACGGAAAAGGACACGGAACCAACCUCCUUAAGGGUCAACAGACUUCACGCUUUCUCUCUUUUCUCCCUUUGCUGUGUCCUUCUCUCCCUUCCUUUCCCCCCACUCCCUCCUUUUUAAAUAAAUGAGGUUGUGGUAAAUUUUUUCAAUUAUUCCUUCCAUGACCCACUCUCUGUCUCUCUCUGUGUGUGUGUGUGUGUGUGUGUGUGUGUGUGUGUGUGUGUGUGUGUGUGUGUGUGUGUGUGUGUGUGUGUGUGUGUGUGUGUGUGUGUGUGUGUGUGUGUGUGUGUGUGUGUGCGCCUUGUUUGGCCUAACUCUUCUGGCACCACUAUAGGACCUUAGCUGGCCGUGUAGUUAGCCAAUAGGUACGGCCAAACGUGAUUUGACACAUCUGAUCAUCAUCGCCCAGUGCACUUUAAUUUGCCACCCAAACUGUCUCUGAAGUAACGACCAUAUCCCCCUAACUUGGUAUAAUGUGCCAAUAAUGUUUUUUAUAAGUUACUCAUUUACCAGUGGUUAUAAAAAGCAUGGCGUAUGUAAUUCAUUUAGGUGAGCAGUCCAUUCUGUUUAAUAGAUUUACUAAUAGCUUAAACAAGUCAGCUAAAUGCCCCACUCGGACAAUCUGGAUACUAAAAUACUUCAAGAGUACAGCUCUGCCUGCUCUUUAUGCAUCUGUUUGUCCCAGCCACCAUCAAUCUGUUCCCUAAACAAAGUCCUCAUUGGACGAAUGGGUUCCGUUCCAGACGUCACUGUUGGAGGUCUAGUCAUUUAGUCAUUAUGCAAAAUACCCCAAAUUGCUUAAAUUACACAAAACGUUCUCUGAAGCUCAAUCCUCAAAUCACACGUGAACUUUUUUGUGGGAAUGUCAGCAGAGUUGGUGUGGUACAUUAUGGUAUUUGUGUGUGUGUGGGGGGUGAUUAUAGAGUAAAAGCUCUUUCUGGGUACCUGACUCUGGGUACCUGAUGUGCUUCUCUGUUCAACACUUUCCAACAUCAGCGCUUUGUGUAACUUCUCUCUCUCUGUCCCUCUAUCCACUCACUUUAAUCUCCCUGAGUUCAAAGGCAGCGUGGACACCACUUGUGUAUAUGGGGCUUAUUUGUAUAUAGAUAUAUUUGCCGCCAAUUAUGCGGAGGUGAGGCGGAAAAAGUGUAGUUCACUCACACUGGGUAAAACCUCUAGUGUGAGACAUCCUUCUAUUUCGCUGAUAAGAGAAUGUUCAAAUUAAUCUGUAUUUGUUUUAUGUUGUAGAUUGUCAUGUUUGCAUGGUGUACCCCAAAUGUACUUUAUUUAUUGAAUCUCAUCUGUUUUAAAGGAAAGUGCAAAUAAAAUGGACAUAAUUAAAAACGA